AUGUCCUCGGAACUUUAUUACCACACACUGAUCGCUUGCAUCGUGGGUUCCAUCUUCGCUUUUACUGCCGUAGUGCUAAACGUUUUAGUAAUACUCGCGCUGAGAAAUAUUCCUUCCUUGCCAAGAAAAACUCUGAAAACAUUGCUUCUGAGUAUGUCUGUCUCCGACCUUGGUGUUGGUUUAGUAGCGCAGCCACUAAACAUUUAUCUCCUUGUCAGCGACAUAAAUUUCCUUUCUUCAUAUACUUUUCUUGAUCACCAUGAAGCUAUAUUUGACGCGUACAGAGUCGUGGCCAACAUCCUAACGUAUGCUUCGUUUUUCAGCAUCGUGGCGUUGAGUGCUGACAGAUUUUUGGUUAUACGCCUUCAGCUCCGGUACCAGGAUGCGGUAACUCAUAAACGCGCCAUGGCUGGGGUCAUUUCAUUUUGGCUGUUGAGUGCCGUCCUUCCGCUGAUUCGAUUUCUUGGGUGGUUCCCAGAGAACAAGAUUUUCAUUUUUUUUGUUACCAUUCAGUUCAUUUGCCUCAUCAUCUCAGGCCUGUUUUACUUCAAGAUUUUUUUAGCCUUGCGACAGCACGCAGCCCAAGUUCAAAACGUGCCAGCUGAAUGCGGAGAGAGGAAUGAAGCGGUAAAUGCAGCAAGAGAGAGAAAAGCUGCAUUCGGCGUAUUUUAUGUGUAUCUCACAUUUGUGGCUUGUUACCUACCAAGGAUUUGUUUCAAUGUUGCCGAAAAAAUAAUGGACAUUAAGCGAUUUGUAUUGGUAUAUAAAGUAAAUCUCCACCUUACUGUUUUGCUUGUACUCAAUUCCUCUCUGAGUCCACUGAUUUACUGCUGGAAGAUGAGACGCAUUCGGCAGGCCAUGAUAGACGUACUGCGUAAACCCUUUCAAAACUAAGAGAACUGCCGGAAACUGCGGAUUAAGACAGGAAAGCUGAACGAUAAAAACUUGUAAUUAAAACUGUUGCUUGUUGGCUGUUUUUAGAAAUAGGACGAUUGAAAGAAAUAGAUAAUAAUAAUAACUACAAGAAGAAGACGAAGAAGACCACGAAGAGGGAAAAAAAGAAGGCGACGACGAAGAGUAAGAAGAAGAAGAAGAGGAAGAAGAACAAGAAGAACAAGAACAAGAAGAAGAAGACGACGAAGACGACGAAGACUAAGAGGAAGAAGAAGAAGAAGAUGAUGAUGAUGAAGAAGAAGAGGAAGACGAAGACUAAUAAUAAUAAUAAGAAGAAGAAUGAAGUACAAAAAAAAGAAGAAUUGGAAGAGGAGGAGGAGGAAGAAGAGGAAGAAGAAGAAGAAGAAGAAGAAGAAGAAGAAGAAGAAGAAGAAGAAGAAGAAGAAGAAGAAGAAGAAGAAGAAGUAGAAGAAACACAUAAACCAUAGCAGCAGCAGCAACUUCAACAACCAGUAGAUGAUUUUUGUCCACGGAGAACUGAUUUAAGAUUGCGUGUCAGUUAAAAUACAAGACUUUUCAAACGAGUUUUAGAUAAAGGUAUGACAGAAGGUAUUCCGAGUAAACGGGAGAACAAUCGUUUGAAAUUAUUCAAAACAUGCCAAGUAUUAUAUAAGGUAACGACGGUCGUUGAUUCAUCCAAUGGGUUACUGAAUACUUCACUAGUUAUGUGUACAAUAAACCGUAAAAUAAAAGCAAGUAGAAAAGGAUAGUGUGGUAUUAAUUUUGGUUUAAACUCGACAACUAGAAUGGCUGCAAACUGCAGAGUGCGCCACAAGAAAAUUGGACAGUGCGGCAGUGUAAAUAGGAUCAUCAUGAAAUUGAGCUCUGAGUAUGUUAUCGCUAACCGAGUCCUUUCGAUGAGUCCAUUCAUUUCAAUUCAAAGAGGACAGACGGCAAAUUGUUGUUGCUCGAAAUAUCUAAAGGUCGUAACUGUUUAUCAGUAGGAUGCCUAAAAUGUGUGCAAGUCCGCAAUUCGUUUCGAUUCCAUCCUAGACCAAUGGUAGAACGUUUUAGGAGGCGCCACCCACAAUGUGAGCACAUCUACUGACUUUCAUAUUUCGGUUAUAUAUCGUAUAGCUUUCAUAUAUCGUGCCCUGUUUCUUAACGUGGACUGUAUGAUAAUGUAUGAUAAUUAUGGUACAUUGCUUUUAAUUUUUUAUGUUAGGUUCCUUACUGUCGCGACAAAAAUUGGGUGGGAAAAAGAAGGUGAAUAAUAGACACCUUCUGUCGUAAGGUAAUUGUUUUAAUACCUUUCGAAUUUUUCUAAUAGCUCCGUCGUAUUUUAUUUUAACAAAACUGUCGCAAUUGAUUAGUUAUUUGUUCUAGCGCAAGCUGUCGUUUAUCUGAAUCGAUUGUAAAAAAACACACACAUUUUUUUAGGGAUUAACAUUAACACAAACACCUGCGUGUCUGUUAUGUUCUAAGUACACUCUCUACACAAAUACAUUCGAACGUGUUUAAAUACAAAAACUAUCACUUCUUUAGCUAAAAAUAUUUUCGGCCUUGAUUAAAAAAAUAUCAAUGAAAGUUGAUCAACGACUAGCUCUGCGAAUAGAAGUUCAUUCCACAAUAGACUGACUCUUCAACGCUUUUUUCAAUUGUUGACUUGGAACAAUUGAAAGUUGGUAGUUGUAGAUUUCAGAUUCAUCUCUGCAUUCUUGCAUGCGUAAUGAGUCGUGAAUUCACACGCGAGGCAGUUACAAAUUAAAAUUUAAUUCUAGCAGCUCAGUUUCCCUGAAUUUAAGAAAUAUAAUCCAUUCAAAGAUUUUCAAUCUGACCUAAUACAGAGAAGUUCUCGUCAGACAUUCACUGCUCAUUACGCCAGCAGAAAUGCCGCUUUGAAUUUGACACUAGAUACGGGAACCACUAACCGAUUCAUUUUUCAAAUAAUCAAUUCAUUAAUAGAAUCUUGGGAGGUACGCUUGACCUGCUUUGACUGUAAAUAGGGACAUCCAAGGAGACGCUCCAGCUAAUUUGCUCGAGUAGAUAUGAGAUCUCCCAAAAAGAAGAACGAGAUCGAUGGCGGUGGAGGUUGCAACUUUAAACAGCUCUAUCAGAUGCAGGUCGGUUAAUACAACAUUACUCUUGAGGCGCUUUUGAAUUAAAAAUUGUUUAACAUCGUUCCAAAAAACAUUUGUUGCACAACAUCUCAGAAAUAGAUGAGAAAUAGUUUCUCUUUCUCUUUGGCAUAAACAACAUUUAUCAGAUUGCUUAAGGUUAAUUUUCUUUAAAAAAUCGUUGGGGGCAAUCCUCCGACGUAAGAACGUAAAAUGAAAGGUUUUUAAUUUGGUUGAUGCCGUACAGUUGAAGGCGAUUGUGUAUACUUCGUUGACGUACACGCAAAGUCAUACCCACACCGUGGUACAAGGGGGGAUGGAACCCCUGCCCGGAGUUUUUGAUGUAUUGCAGUAUUUCGAAACGAUUUUACCCUAAGUCGAAAGCCUUUGAUCUUCUUAACAAGAUUAGGUAUUGAAGAUUAGGUUGACGUCACCAACAAUGGUCGCUAUCUCAAAUUUUACCAAGAAUUAGAAAUCAGGUUAAAACUGCAAGAAAAGGUAAUUUUUUCUGCUGUACAUGAAAAGUAACACAUAAAUAAGCACUUUGCAUGAUUUUAGCGACAGGAUUUACUUUCAUUGUUGGAAAAAGUUGAAAAACCACGUACUUUCACUCAAAAAUGGCUUGACCACCUGCUAGUUAUGACGUCAUAUCUCGUAACCAUAGCAACUGACCAUCACUGAACUUGUCUCAAAAUGUGCGGGAGGGAUGAACAAGCAGCUACUGAAAAAGUCAGGUGCUGAUGUUUUAUCCUCUAAUAGAAAACUCAGAAAAACCUUAUGGGGGGGGGAGGGGAAGGGGGGUGGCAUCCACCCCCCUUAUACGUCCGAGGGUUAAGAGACUUAUUGAACGUAUUUAUGUCAAUACAUCCUCAGACCGCCCUCCUCAUAAUCUUUAAUUGUUGUAUACUCUCUUUUAAUCUUCUCGCCUUUACCGUGCCAAAGAAACUCGAAAAGAAGUUUGUUGACCUUUUGUAGUGCCUCCGCAUCAGUUGGGAGUGGAUUCAAAAUGUAAAUAAGUUGGGAGACCAGGGCCCGGUUGCAUAAAACCUGCACUUAAGUGCUCACUUAAGUAGCUCACUUACGAAUCCGUUAUGGGUACACUUACGGGUGUUGCAUGGAACACACUUAGCGCUCUCGUAAGUUUCUGUUUUACGUGGUAACUUACGGGCUCACUUAAGGGCACACGUAACCUUGAUAUAGUACUUUAUUAAUGAUUCACUCUAACCAUCGGUGAGUGUAAAGAAAGUUAAAAGUCGUUUCGAAAACUUUUAAGAGGGUCUCAAUGGGGUGGUGGCAUUUACGGUUAUCGGCUAAAAUCUUGGCUCUUUUACGGCUAUCGGUUAAUUUUUUUCCAGUUACGGUUAACGAAAGAGUUAAAAAUUAACUGCUUUUCUUUCAAAAAGUUAAAUAUUAAUUAACCUGUAUUUUUUUGUAUUUUUAAAUCAAAAUAAAGGUCUUCGGAUCAUCUCAGGAUAAAAUAAGCCAUUCUUUUGAAAAAUUUUCACAUUGGAUCGAUCAUACUUUUUAUAAAGUAAUCCACUUCUAAUAUUAUUUUACACAUAGAAAUGUCAAUAGUCAAUUUAAAAAUAAUCUUUGUGAAAAAGCAAAAGCAGACAAGCAAACGCCCAACUCAAGGCCGGGGCGACAUUCAUUAUAACAAAAAUGGCCGUUUUCACACUAGAGAAGGAUUAUUCGUGUGAGACGGGUUAUCCGUUUGAUGAUUCGCGUCAGAUAGGUAAUACGUCUUAAUUUGAAAAUGGAAAAGUUUUAAUUUUGAGUGAACAAUCCGCCUGACUUUUGAAGACGGGAUUAUCCGUUCCAGGUAGCCUUGGUACAGCCGCCCCCUCCCCUCACAAAAAAAUCGGAGAAGGGGUGUCUGUGGGGAGGGCUCGACUGUACACAGGCUAGUCUCGGACGGAUGAUCCAUUUCUAGCUCUAGUGUGAAAACGGCCAAAAACAAAAUUCUCUUGUCCAGUGUUUUUAUGAUAGCGAAGAACUGUACGGAGCGACUGUCUGCCGUUGCCUUGUUCGUAGGCCGCAUUAUUCCGCGCGGCUAAUGCGUUUCGGGUCACGUGGUCCCAGCGAGUUCGCCACCGAAAUGCCUUGACCGAGACUGCGUGGGAAGACGCCGUACAGGGACUAGGCAUAGCAAUGUCUACCGUAGCGUCAGCGGAGAAAAACAGGGAAGUGUUGUUUAUCGGCAACGUGUUUUACAAACAGUGACAUCGCUGCGUGCUGUUUCACUAGUGUUUCGAGGGCACGACCUCCCGAAAAUUGCAGAUAUUAAUCCCCAGUAAGAAGCCACACUUUCGCUAUGGAAAAAAUUAGUUCCCCGAUAGAGCGCCGGAAAUGGAGCCUAGGUCUUGGUUAACACCUAAAAGGCGCUUCGCCUAACGUGCGUACGGAGUCACACUAGCCGGGAAAUAAAAAACACAACCAUAGGUGAGUUUAGUACCUUCCUUAAAAGUAGCAAAUCUAAGGAACACUUUCUUUUACGGUUAACUCUUUUUUACCCUAUUUACGGCUAACGGUUAAAAUGUUUCAAUUUUUACGGCUAUCGGCUAAAUUUUUGGCCGUUUUACGCCUAUCGGUUAACCCCAGUGAGACCCUCUUUUAAGCCUCUCAAAAAAUGAAAUUUGCAUGCAAACGUUAUUUUUCUUCAAUAUCUACUGAAAAUGAUAGUUCUUCUUCUUUUUUCACAAAAGUGUACAUCAGAGGUUAACAAAGCGCAUUAGAACGAAUUACGUGAAGAAAAAUACUGUUUUCACUCCUCAGCAAAAGAUCUCGUUAAAUUUAGUAAAAACAGCAACGAUACGGGAUCUACAUAGGUCCCGUAAAUUUACGUGCUAUUUUCCCUUAAAAAAAGUUUUAUGCAACACCCGCAAUUUCUGUUGCAUAAACGACACUUACAGUCAAACCAAGUCAAGCGUACCCCCCAAGAUUCUAUCAGUGAAUUGAUUAUUUGAAAAAUGAAUCCAUUAGUCGUUCCCGUAACUAGUGUCGAAUUCAAAGCGGCAUUUCUGUAUGCGUAAUGAGCAGUGAAUAUUUUACGAGAACUUCUCUGUAUUUGGUCAGAUUGGAAAUCUUUGAAUGGAUUAAGCUUCUUAGAAGACACUUACAUCAAUUUCUAGAAAAUGGAGCUGGUAGAAAUUUCAUAACUGCCUCGCGUGUGAAUUCACGGCUCAUUACACAUGCAAGAAUGCAGAGAUCAAUCUGAAAUCUACAACUAGCAACGGAUUCAACUUUUGAAUAAUAAAUUCAUGAAUGAAUUCUUGGGGGGUACGCUUGACCUGGUUUGACUGUAAGUGAACACUUACGAAAAUCGUAAGUGCAACCACUUAAGUGAAUUCCCUAAGUGGACCAUUUAAGUGAUUUCAUGCAACUGACUUAAGUUACGAGUGCACGUACGUGUACCCGUAGUUGUUACGGACGUUUUAUGCAACCGGGCCCAGAAGACUUUUGAUGAGAGUGAUCCUCCUAAGUUGUUAUUGUUGGUUUUCACCGUUCUCCGGCGUUGCCUUCGCCGCUUAGCAUGAGACGAUUUUAUAUUUUGUUUGAACAAACUAUAAAUAUUAUCGACAGCCUUGCUUUUAGCCCUGGCUAAAUCUAUAUAUUAGUUGAUUAAUUAUGACUUAUAAUACUUUUCAGUCACAACUUGAGGAUCUUUGAUGCCCCAUGCUUAAAUAGCAAAAGUAAUUUCUUCAUUUGUUAAAGUUUCACUUGUUCUACCCAGAAAUACAGAAUAAUUAUUUUUUUCCAUUUUCUGAGUUGAAGAAACUUCAAGUUUGUGAACCGAGUCAACGAGCCUAAUCAUCGAAGAAACAAACGCAAAGCAACAGUAUGUACACAGCAUUUUAUGUGUCUAAAUAUUUGCAUUUCAUUUUUAAGUUCUGUUUUAAAAAUAUAUAUUAACGACCUUCAUAUAAAGGACAGUCUGCACGUUAAUGAGAGCGGAGGAUAAGCCUGAGCGGAAAACCUAAUGGUUUCAAUCGACCCGCUUUAUCGAUUGGCGCCAGUAAAACGUUAAAUUGUACAUUUUGCUGUCAUUUUUUAGAGCAAUUUAGUGAGGCAAAAUCAUUUAGCUGAUUAUUAAAACAAUAAUUUUAGAGAAAGUAAAAAGAAAAAAAAUUUAAAGUGAAAAUAACUCUAAACUAAAAAUAUAUAUAUCUAAAUGUUACCUUAAUACAGCCGUUUAGAGUACUAUGUUUUGCUGUUAAAACUUACCUGUAUAUGUUGUGAUUUAAUUUUAUCCUUAGUUUAAUUUUUCUUUUCCUUUGUUUUUGGGUAUGAUAAUGUAUGAUAAUCAGUUAACCAAGGGUAAAAUAGACUCUUCCGUGCAAAGUGUAAGGUUCUCACCGAUAAUUGUUGAAAAAACAAAUAUUUAUUGCAAAAAGGUCUGCCUUUAUUAACUUACAACAGGUGAAUCCGUAUUGCCAUAUAUAUGGUCAUCUAAUUAGUUCAUGAACAUUAAUUAACAUAAUAAGAGAUAUAUAUUACAUGUAGGAACUAACAUAUUGAGUUAUUAAUGAUGCGUUUAGUAUAUUGCUUCUAGCGAGUUGCGUCAUUUACUUUUCAAUUCGUGAUACGUAUAACGUUUUUGUUGGGUCUCUCUUGGUUCGGCAUUUAAUUUCAAAAUAGCAAAAUUCAGCUGAAACCAUCCAAUAAACGUCUUUAACCUUCAUCUGAGCAAUUUCAGUGGUGACCUUUUAAGAAGAAAAAAAUGGAACCGAGCAUUUUAUAGCACAAUAUAAAAAAGCUUGGCAACAUCCAAGACCACUAACGAGCAAGGUGGAUAAAGUUUUGUUAAUCGUUAAACAAACAGGAACAGGGGAGUACGAUUAUUACAAUAAAAGAUAACGCCUUUAUUAAUUUUUUGAUAGGUGACUUCCGUAGUAUUAUCAGUCCGUAUCGCCACGAUUAUCCAGCCAAUUCAUGAUCAGGACUAUUAUCAAGGAAUAUAUGACUAACAUAUUAAAUGACUGGUGGUGUGUUUAGUAUAUUGAGGGACGUCAUUUAACUUAACACUAGUUGGUAACACAUUUUUAGUGGGCGUUUAAUUUAAAAACAGCACGAUUCAGCUGAAAACUACCCAACACACCUGUAGUGCCAAAUUUGACAUAAUUCAUCUAAGACUUACAUUUAUGGUUUCAAAACCUGGCUUGUCCUUAUAACGACUAAACCAAUCCUAAUAAAGGCCAGGGAAAAAUCACAAAGAAAUUCAAUUUUUCGGUAAAACCCUGAAAAACCCAACUACACGUAUUGCUAUGCACAUUAAACUCUGCUAAAGAGGUUUCAUGAGGAAAAUUAAUAAGAGGGAGCUUAAUAGAAGGAGUCCGCUUGUAAGAAUUGCGCAAUCUUUGUUAACGAUCAACAUUCAACGGUUACUCUGUACCGUGAUAAAGUUGCAUGUUGUUUAAGAAGCUAUCUAGAGUUCAAUUUCAUCACCUUUCAUUACCAACUUUAAUUUGUUUGUAAAUGCAAAAACACUAACUGACCUCAGUACGUGUUUUAAAGACGUAAUCCAAUACUACUAUUGUCAGUUCAGUCCGGUGUUCCCUUAAUAGAGGUUUUGAAUAAUAGAAAUUAGCCAAAUACAACUUAUGUUAGUGUCCGCGUCCGCUUAAUAGAAGUGUCCGCUGAAUAGUGUUUCGUUAUAAAGGGAAAUAUCAGACGUUCGUUUCGGGACCCGGCUUAGAGUCCCCUUAGGAGAGGGUGUCCACUUAAUUGGGUGUCCGCUUAAUAGAGGUUUCACUGUAGUUAUAUUCUGAUUCGUUAAAUUCGUUUUUUGAAUCUUAAGCAGAACAUUUCAGAGAGUAAUACGUCGCUGGAAAAUGGAAGAAAAAAUUCAUGUUCAACUAUUAUACUGAGUCUUUCCACUUUUCAGAGGUAAUCUGACUUGAAUUGGUAUACUUGAUGGUUUUCACAGUAACGUCAUCAGAUUGCAAUGUCAAAAAAGCGAGGUUUUACGAAUUCUUAUUUACAUGAGGUUGAAGAUAAGUAGAAAAUAAAUCUUUGAGAAAGUUUCCAGCCCCGAAGCAUGUUUCAUUUCGAAAAUACAGCAAUUUGAACUUCCGAGUUUUCAUAGUACGUGAUACCAAAAUAGGAAUGAGUGUCUCAUUGAAAAAAGUCAUUCCUCUUGAUAGUCAGCAGUUUAACCAUUUCAAGUAUUAAAAGAUGUGUUUUUGCGCACGUAUGCUAGCUCUCGAGUGAAAAGUAAGAGCCUUUAUAGAAAAAGUGAACUCCAGAUGUUUUUGUUGAUUUCCGGCGGCCAUAUGACGUGGACCAAAAAGACCUGACAUUUAGAUAAAUUGUUUAUAUGUUAGUCUUUUAUAAAAUUUCGUUUUCUUGGCUUCUUCCACUGGACGGUUUCCAAUUUUUUUUGUGCCCUGUUUAUUGCGUGCACACAUAAAUGAAAGUCUCUGCAUAUUUAAUCAGUUCAAUAGUUGUUACAUUCAGUAUAUAGGUUAACUUCUUCGGAUGUCUAUUGGUAGAAUAUCAACAAAAAAGCUGGCUUGAAUAACACCUGGAUAUUUAAGGGGAAAAUUGACACCAAAAUAUGAACACGUUUUUCUUCUUUUCGUGAUAAAGUAGACUGUCGUUUCUUUCUUUACAUCAAACGGGUGAAAAGACACCUGCGACCAUCUAAGCAAAGAGGAGCGAAAUUUCUAUUUACAAGUGAAUUGAUAAUGUUGGCGUGGUAAUAAUUUGAUCCUUUAUCUCAAUUUGUGUGGCAUUUUUUGUUAAUUGUACUCUUAAUUACCCGUCUAUCAUCGAAUAAAUUUACUAGGUCUCAUAUAAAUGCAGAGAAAAACGAAAUGAACAACGCAAAUACAGGCAAAACUCACUCCGAAAAUUGACGGUUCUUAUUUUUCUCGCCUGUCAUUGGUGGACCACUACAGAUCAAACAAUCAUUACAAUCAUUUCAGUCAUGUCUUUUUUCAGCGCUAUUACGUGGUUUGGGGUAUCUGUAUAGGCACAAACAAAUCCUAUAUAUAUAAAGUAUUCAUCGCUUUGAACGUAAACCGACUGAACUUUUACUGGCAGAGUAGACUCAAAAGAGCGUCCGGUUCCAAGGAAAAGAAUGCACCACUCGGACCUCUACAACAAUACACUCGUCGCUUGCAUCCUGAAUUCCAUCUUAGCUUUUACUGCCGUAGUGCUAAACGUUUUAGUAAUACUCGCGCUAAGAAAGACUCCUUCGUUACCAAGAAAAACUCUGAAAACAUUGCUCCUCAGUAUGUCUGUCUCUGACCUUGGUGUUGGUUUAGUAGCGCAGCCACUGCAAAUUUGUCUCCUGGUUAGCAACAUAAAUAUUCUUUCUAGAUCUCCGCCGUAUAUUUGGCCUGAUCACUAUGAAGCUGUAUUAAAAGCGUACAGAGUCGUGGCCAACGUCCUAACGUAUGCUUCGUUUUUUAGCAUCGUGGCUUUGAGUGCUGACAGAUUUUUGGUGAUACGCCUUCAGCUCCGGUACCAGGAUGCGGUAACUCAUAAACGCGCCAUUGUUGGGGUCAUUUCAUUUUGGCUGUUGAGCGCCGUUCUUCCGUUGAUUCGACUUCGUGAGUGGCUCCCAGAGGACAUAUUUUUCAUUUUGACUGUUACUAUUCAGUUCAUCAGUCUUAUCACCGCAGGCCUGUUUUAUUUCAAGAUUUUCUUAGCCUUACGACAACACGCAGCUCAAGUUCAAGACGUGCCAGUUGAAAGCGGAGAGAGGAAUGAAGCGGUAAAUGCAACAAGAGAGAGAAAAGCUGCAUUGGGCGUAUUUUAUGUGUAUCUAGCGCUCAUGGCUUGUUACCUACCAAUAAUUUGUUUUAAUAUUGUCGAAAAUGUAAUUGGUCCUGUGCGAACCUCAUUGAUGUAUAAAGUAAACCUCUACCUAACUAUUUUGCUUGCACUCAAUUCCUCUCUGAGUCCACUGAUUUACUGCUGGAAGAUGAGACGCAUUCGGCAAGCCAUGAUUAACAUACUGCGUCAACCCUUUCAAAACUAA